UCCCAGCGGCAGUCAGGAGAGUCUGAGCCGGGAAAACUGCGUCCAACACGGGAGAAGUCAGCAGGGGGAAUCCGCAAUGAGUUGGGGAACGGAGCUCUGGGACCAGUUUGAUAAUCUGGACAAACACACUCAGUGGGGGAUCGACUUUCUGGAGCGCUACGCAAAGUUUGUCAAGGAGAGGCUCGACAUAGAGCAAAACUACGCCAAGCAGCUACGGAACUUGGUGAAGAAGUACUGUCCAAAACGCUCUAAAGAUGAGGAGCCAAGGUUCACAUCAUGUCUGUCCUUCUACUCCGUACUGAACGAACUCAACGACUAUGCUGGUCAGAGGGAGGUGGUGGCGGAGGAGAUGGCUCAUAAGGUGUACGGAGAGCUGAUGAGGUACAGCCAAGACCUCAAAGCUGAGAGGAAGCACCAUCUACAGGAGGGCAGGAAGGCCCAGCAGUAUUUGGAUCAUUGCUGGAAACAGAUGGACAACAGUAAAAGGAAAUUUGAGAGAGAGUGUAAAGAAGCAGAGAAGUCCCAGAUUACCUACGAUCGGUUAGAUAAUGACAUCAACGCCACCAAAUCAGAGGUGGAGAAGGCCAAAGCCCAGUUCUACCUGCGGACUCACAUGGCUGACGAGAGCAAGAACGAGUACGCUGCUCAGCUCCAGAACUUCAACGCAGAGCAGUGGAAACAUUUCAACAACGCCAUACCACACAUCUUCAAGAACCUGCAGGACAUGGACGAACGUCGGACAGUGAAGCUCGGAGAGACGUACCGGAGCUUUGCUGAGGCAGAGCGGAGAGUCAUUCCCAUCGUCUCAAAAUGUUUGGAAGGAAUGGUUUCCGCUGCCAAAGCUGUCGAUGAGCGAAGGGAUUCAUCCAUUGUCGUGGAGUCGUUUAAAUCCGGCUUUGAACCUCCAGGUGACUUCCCCUUCGAGGACUUCAGCCAGAAUCUGAGCAGAACAGGUUCAGAUGGGACCAUCAGCAACACACCUAAAGGAGACAGAGAGAGAGACGGGGCCCCGGGGCCACGACCCGACCCCAAACACCCCAUGAGCAGAACCAAGAACAAGCUGUGGCUGUUUGGGAAGAAACCAAAGUCCCCUUCCACCUCUCCUCCACCACCACCUUCCUCCUCCUCCUCCUCCCGUCCCCGGCCCACCUCCCACAUUUUUCCUCCACCCCGGUUCAGCUCUGACCGAGUGAGCCACUAUCUGUCUGAGAUAAAGACUACAGUUCCCAGAAUCCCCCAGAAUUUGAAGGGCCUGAGGAGAGGGGCCCCAUCUGUGGAGGAUUUCAGCCACUUACCCCCCGAGCAGAGGAGGAAGAGGCUGCAGCAGAGGAUCGACGAACUCAGCAAAGAGCUCCAGAAAGAGAUGGAUCAGAGAGACGCCCUGAACAAGAUGAAGGACGUGUAUGAGAAGAAUCCACAGAUGGGUGACCCCAGCAGCCUACAGCCUAAAAUAUCAGAGACCAUAUGUAACAUGGAGAAACUGCGCUCAGAAAUCCACAAAAAUGAGACUUGGUUAUCUGAGGUGGAGGGAAAGCAGAGCUCCAGAGGAGACCGGAGACACAGCGCCGACAACCACCAUCACACUCCUCAAGGCAGAGAGAGCCCUGAGGGCAGUUAUACAGAUGACACCAGCCAGGAGCAUCACACACCUCACCACCGCUCCGGCCCUCCACAGCCCGGAAACCCGAACCCCGACCCACACGAGUUCGAUGACGAAUUCGACGACGACGACCCGCUGCCUGUCAUCGGACACUGCAAAGCGCUCUACUCCUUUGAUGGUCAGAACGAGGGGACGCUGGUAAUGGCAGAAGACGAGGUGUUGUACAUCAUCGAGGAGGAUAAAGGCGACGGCUGGACGAGGGCGAGGAAGCAGAGCGGAGAGGAGGGCUACGUCCCCACCUCCUACGUAGAAAUCACCCUGGAGAAAAACAGCAAAGGUGCUGUCACCUACAUCUGAAGCUACCCUGUCCUCUGUCCUCUCAUCCGUCUGUCCUCGUCCGUCAUCCUCUCCAUCCCUGCUGUCUGUCCCUCAAAAUAACACUACAAAAAGAAAAAAAGACUGAACACCUGCAUGGACACUCAUCUGUUUGUCUUUCCUGAUUUCCAUCCCGUCUCUGUCCUCCUCCUGUUUUUUCCUCUAACUCUGUAAUCAUUGGUCCUCAUCCUCCUCUCAUACCUGUGGGACUGGUGUUUCAGAGGUGAGUGUCUGAGCACAAAGACAAAUAGGAGAAAACCUAUUUGAUGGUGUUGAGUGAUUUCUAUAUUUUAUAUAAGGUGUGUGUGCAUAUGCACAUGUGCGUGCAUGUGUGUGAGCAAGAUGUCUCCACUGCUGUUUUGAGCCCGAUGUCGAGGCUACACCACUUCUUUAUCGAUCAAAGUGUUUAAGGUUGUUUUAUGUAAUAUAUUAGAAACAAUUUAUUUUUGUUUUUACUUGUUCCUUUAAUUAUUUUCAUGUUUGUUUUUUUGAACUGGGGACGUUUAAAACACCCUGAUUUUAACCGCUUUGUAUUCAUGUUUCAACAUAAUUCGAAGAUGUUCUGAUUUCAUCAGUUUUUAUUUCUGUCUGAUUGCACUGUGUGUGUGUGUGUGCGUGCGCCUGUGUGUGUGUGUAUCUGCACAUUUGUUUUUCUGUGUUACCUGUGCCAUCACACGGAAGGUGGAAUUACACUAACAGAGAUUUGUCUGGUUUCAGCCUUGUAGAGAGACUGUUUUCAUACUGGACAUUGUUACAGGACUUUAGUCUUUUUCAUAUCGUUUCCUUUUUAAAGGACAAAGCUGGCAUUAUUUUUUGUCUUUAUAGUCAACAAAUCUCUUGAAAAAACCAAAACCAACAACAAUGUUCUCAAUACUUUCAGAGUUCCCUCAGCUGUCCGGUGUCAAUUAAAAUUUUAAAAACAGGUUACAAAUGUAGAAUUUCAUUAAAAAACAAAACAAAAACACUGGACACUCAUUGAAGCUGCUCACCGGACUUUUUGGCAAACGUCAUUACAACUGUAGUGAUCAGUGCAUUUGUAGGGGGCAUCAACCAGUGCACCUCUGGUGCUCCAGUGCAGCAGUUUGAACAAGCCCGGAGGCAGCUGCCAGAGUGGCCGCUCUAUGCAGUGCCUUUAAGCCUGUGAGUGGGUAUGCCAAGAAGACGAUAUGAUGAACAGAAUAUUCAUUUUGCUUUAAGAUUAUUGUAGUAAUAUUUCAUUUGACUUUGAUUUUGACAUUUAAACUCCAGAUUCAUUCAGAUUUAAGCACGAAUAAGUCAAUUGAGCGACAGGUCUGGACUGGUCGAGAAUAAAUUUGACCUUACACAUACAAACCUUUCAAACCACUUGAGAACAGAUGUGUUUGUUGUGUGGUUUGCAUGAGGUCCAGUGUCAUCUUGUGGCUCCUAAACCACAGGUUAUGGCCUUUGUGUGGCGGACAUGAGCUGUGAGCAGUUUUCCUUCUCGGACUGUUUUAUUUGAAUGAUGUCGCCUGAGGAGCACAAUGUAUCCAGUGUGUCAUAAAUUAGAUACAAUAAAUGAAAUCAGAAAUGUUCUUGACCCCCAGGUUGAGAACCAGUCCUCUUGUGUUUCUGUUAGCAGCAGAGAUAUAAGAGAUGCAGGCUUUGGUUACACAGAUGAUACCUGUUAGUUGGAUCUGUUCGUUGCUGGUUUUGGUUUGACUGACUUUUAUUGGUAUUGCUAUAAGAAGAUACAGAAUAUCAGCAGUCGGAUUCUUUGGUUCUAAAAUCUCAAUCGAUCCACUAAAGGCAGUAAUAUGUUAGAACAAAGGUGACAACGUGCAGUAUGAAAAUGGUUUCACUUGAGCUAAAGGAGGCUGUCAGAUCAUGUAUUUGUUGUUAUCUUUCACUCAUAAACUGACUGUUCUUGGUCCUUGUUUGAGUCACUGAUUAAAAACAGCUCUGAACAUCAGAGUGUCCAUCCAUGACAGUUCAGUCCUGCUCUGCAGGCAAUUCUUCCGGCUCAGUAUCAUUCCAGGGUUAUUGUUGCAGCCAACACCUUGUGGUACAAACAAGGGAGCAGAGUCAUGGCACCCAGGUAUACUGAGUGACUGUAUUCAGCCUAACAGAGAGUUUUGCUGCCAUUUAUUUCAUUUACAAAAUGCUGAGCUGGAGUUUUAUAGCUGUGCUGGAUACAUGAAAGGCUUCAGGAGCUUUUAGAUUCACCUUUUAUUGCAGACUUGUAGAGAUAGAGCUGUUGUUGCAUGGCCGCAGACCUCUAGUCUUCCUCAUCAGUUUGACAAAAUAAAGAAAGAGGACGGCCAUCCCGGCAGCUCCGACUGCUGAUGACACAAACAGACAGAAGCAGCAGGAUACCUUGGUUCUUUUUUCCACUCUGGAUGUGAAUCGUCUCCACCUUGAUGGAAAACCUGCAGGCUGAUCCUUUGAAACCCAGCACACUGGCCGAGUUUCUCCCCAUGAACAGCUCUGCUCUGGGAGAAGGAAAAGCUCCCUCUCAACCUCAGUCAUGUGUGUGUGUGUGACUCGCGUGUCUUUUAGUAACUGGCUCUCUCCUCUAUGUGACUGCAGGUUCCUGAGGGCUGCAGGGUGGCCGGGCGAUUUGAUUGGCUGGUGGAGGGCUCACGCUGAUUGCUGAUUAUUGGUGGUGGGGGUGACGAAGAAAGAGAGCAAUGAGGGGAAAGAGAGGGGUAGAGAGGGAAAGAGAGAUAAAAGUGGCAGGUUUGCAUGUUUGCAUGCUCACAUAUUCAUAAUCAGCAAAGCAUUCUGGGAAGAAGAAGGGAGGGUCAUAAUUAGAAGAGUAGACGAACUUAAAGCCAAAAACAGGCACUAAUAUAUAUAUAUAAUAAGUGGCAGCCGGUGCAGAAGUCCCACCCUGAGCUGCAGGAGCCUCUAAACGUCGUCUCCUGCUGGUGAAAGGGCCUGGUUUUAAGACCUUUUGAGAGCAGACAGUGACAACUGCUGCAGCCUCAGCUACACCUGCACACAGCAGGUCUCACCACAGUCACACAGCUGUCUACUCUGCAUCCAGCUGCAAAGGUUUCACAUGGUGCAACUUGAGCAGCGGUGUCGGUGGAGAACAGCAAGAUUUGCGCUGCAAAAAAGUGGCUGCAACUUGCCUCUGUAAGGGUCUAAAAAUGUGGGACUUCUGUGAUGGCUGCACAGCCUUGUAUAGGAGAAAGAAACCUGCUGAUGUUCUGCCCUCUAUGGGUGGAAACACUCCAGUACGUAGCACCUACUGUGAGAUAACAUCAAGGAGGUGUUUUUACCUUUGACGGCAAAUGGAAAGCAACUGCUAUGACCUCAGUAAUUGGGGUGUGUAAAACAUGUGUGUACUUGAAGGUUCACAGAGAGCAGAGCAACAGCAGGUUCUCUCUGAUUUGGCGUACAUUUAACCUUUGAUGAUUCAUCAGGAGCAUCUCCCCACCUCACUGAUUCAUUCCCUGCUUUGUGCUUUCACAGGAUAGUUUGUCUUUCAUGAAAUCAGUUAGUCUCCUCUGUAGGUGCUGGUCAAAGUGUUGGAGGAAAGGCUUCUCUGAGCCUUUUGUAGUGCCUGCCAUUGAAGCUUCUUUUGUCAGCAGUUGUAAGCAUUUUUCACUCAAAUGAACGGGCUCCAGGAACCUUAAAAUAGCGUUUUGACGAGACAUUUCUCAUCACUAAAGAUGACAUGGCUCCUGAGCAACGUCAUCUGUUGAGGAAGGCUGCAAGAUGUGGCUGAAAGCUUCAGGAAACCAAGUAAGUGUAGCUUGUGAUGAGCUUUUUCUUGGUCAAACUGCUGUUUUAAGGUUGAGAGUGGACCCUCAACUUCAAAAUGAAAUUGCACUUUAGCUCUCAUCUUUGAGCUGUUUCAGCUUGCUUUGUGAGGAGGAUUUAAUAUUUCCUGACCAUCACCCGAGUUUUGUUCCACUUGCUAUCUUCUCUAAAUCAGACUUAACCCCCAAAACCUUUGGUCCAGCUCCUCGUCAGAGAAACUCAUGUGACUGUUCUCGGAACGUCUUGUCAUCUUUUAAGGGUCAGUUAUUUGCUCUCACAGUAUUUGCUGCCAUUAACAAAGUCAGUGUUGCACCGCUCCAACUCAUCCCUGUCGUCAUCAUCAUCUGUGCUCUGUUGGUGAUGUCUGCCUGCCUGCCUGAGCCACUCUGCUCCUCAUGCCUGCCUUCACCCUCAUACAGUCGCAUGUCCCUAACAGUGUUCCGUCCGUGACUUAAAGCUGCAACUUUACGAAAGCGCGCGUGCAACUUUUGUUGAAUGCCAUCAUGAUGUUUUAAUGGAAGUCCAGCAUGAGUAUGUUGUUUGUUUGUGCGGCGGCUGAGUACAAUCUGAGCUACUCUUUAGGUAGACAGCAGGACUCUCAGGUGAAUGCAGGACCUCUCUACCACCUUUCUCUUCCCGCCUUUCCUCUCCGUUUCUUCCUGGGUUGUAAUUCCACCAGUCGACCAGCAGAUGGCAGCCUUCCGUCACCAAACCGCAGCUCAGCUCCAGCGGGACUGGGCCGCGUUCAACAACACCAAACAUCGAGAGGAGCUCUGGCGCCUUCGCGGUCAGACUCUGCCUUAAAACUUCACGUCGACUCACCGUGGAGGGAUUAUUCCACACAUUCACACAUAUCCGGAUGUGUCUGCUCUUCCGCCUGACUACAUCUCCCAUCAGCCACCCGGGCCCAGACCCGCCUUCUUGGAGACUCUCGACUGCAUCUCCACGAAAUGUUUUUCCUCAUUUAAUCGGUUGUAUUUGUGAAUGUGACGACACGCGCGUGCAUGUAUCAACGACAUGUACUCACAUUACGGAAAGCCAAGCGGGCCAAAAAAAAAACAAAACAAAAAACAAAAAAAGAAAGCCCUGUCAGUCUCGCGUGCUUGGCUUUCCAUACAUGUUGUGAAUGUGUGUGCAUGUGCCGGUGUUACAUGCGUGACGUUAGUUUUUACCAUUGAAUGAUUUGUACAUAUUAACUUCUUUUAUGUCAUGCUGAAUGUGUUUCCAUGGUGAUUGUUUUUCGGUUUGUUUGAUACACUCUUCAUGAGAGACAAGAAGGUUUGAAUUGAACUGAUGCACUUUGCCCUGAAGUACUACAGCAUUUGAAUCUGAUGAAGUGAACAAGUGAAUGAGUGAAUGUGUGAAUGAAGGUCUGCGUUGUCUGCUGAGGGAGGUGUGAACGGUGUGAAUGACAAAGACAGCUCUAGUAGUUCUCUCUUCCUGAUGAUUUUUAUACUCUUUUGUAACUCUUGAUGAGCAUUGACCUACUUCCUUUGCAUGGUUUUCUAGAUUCUUUGAAUUCAUUCAUCGUCCUGGUGCUUGUUUUCUUAACCAUUCACUGUAUCUCCUCAGUAGACCACCAAAACUACACAUCUGAAGUCAAGUUCGACUUCGCUUUCAUGCUUUAAGAGAAAAAUGCCACUAAUGAUUCCGCUCUUGUCAAUCUAAGCAGCAGGUGGCAGCGCCUUUGUUGUAGUCUGUGUUUCUUCGAUGAAGCUGUGAAAUGUACAGAAUGAUGCUGUAGGUGUUGUUACUUGAACUUUGGGUCACACUACUCCACAUUUCCUCUCCUGUCUGUGAUUCAUGUUGCAUCAGCCACAACUUGACGUUUUUACACUUUAUAUAAAAGAAAGAAACGAGACAGAUUUUGUUACUUUGGGACAGAGCCUGCUAGCUGUUUCUGGUCUUAAUGCUAAGCUAAGCUAAUGGGCUGCUGGCAUUUGCCGUACAGACACGAGAGCGGUAUCAAUCUUCUCGUCCAGGUCUCAGCGAGAAAGUGAGAAAGUGUUUUUCCCAAAAUGAGCAACUCUUCUUUUAAGAUUCCCUCUCGGCUGAUUGAGUUUAAUUUACUUGGGGAUGCAAAAUGGUGCAAAUGAAAGUGAACAGUUCCUGCAGUCUGUCUGUUUUCGCUUUUUAUGAUGAUGCCUUUUAAACCUGUACACAAAUCCAUCAAUGCUCUUUGUUUCGUGCACAUAUGUAUCUGAUGUCAUGGCUGCAGAGUUGAGCUGCACAUGUUGAUAUAGGAUGUUUGCAGUUACGUGUUACAUAUUAGAUUUUUGUUUGGUCCCACUGUUAAAUUGUGUUUCUGUUUUAAAGCAAUUAGGGGUGAAACUAAUUGUUUUUCAUUACUGAUUCAUAACUAGGUCUGUAAAAUGUAAAAAAAAAAAAAAAAAGUGAAUUAUGCCCGGCAAAAGUUUUAAGAGCCCAAGUCGAUGUCUUCCAGCGUGAGUUUUUUUCAACAAACAGUCCAAACCCAAAGAUAUUCAAUUAACAAUGAUAGAAGUUGGAAAAAGCAAGUGCUUUUGUUUAACUGCAGAAAAAAGAUAAUGGCAGCUUCAGCACUAAACCCCGCUUGUAAUUGUAAAUGUGCUCUCAGACUCAGACAUACAAGAUUUAUUCAGUAUGGAGAUAAUAAUCCUCUGAUGUGACAUGCAGUGAUACACAGAAGUCACUUCUGUGUCCUGAUACAUGAGUGUUCAUGUUGCUGUGUGGGUGCUUGCAGGGCAUCUUUUACUAACUCUUAAACAGACAGUACACUCCAGAUUUUCGUUUUGUUUCAGAUGUCGUCCUUUAGGUUGACUCCCAGGCCUGUUUGGAGUGUACUGUCCCUUUAAUCAAAGAAUUCAAGGUGUCAGUGGUAACACAGCAGCUUUAAAACUUAACAGUUUUUCACCAUUAAUAUACAUAUAAAAACUGAGCUGUGUAUUAUAAGAGCUGCUGUGCUGUAGUUCAGAAUAUUAUGCAAAAAUACAUAACAAAUCAGCUUUGAGAUGCUAGAUAUGAUAAAGUUUGCAGUGAGUUCUUGUACGAACAGUUCUGUACUGAAACCUGCCAACCGGCUGUGAGCGUGGUGCUGUUCACCAUCCGGCAAAAAGCAGACGUCUUCUUCCACAUUCCUUGUUUUUAAACGGAUCAUCAUGUUUGUCCUGUGGAAACUUCUGACAACCAUGUACAGAUUCUCUCCAGCUGUUCAAAUCACAAUGAAACUUUUUUUUUUUUUUUAUCAGCAUCAACAUCCAAUCCCAGUAAAUAAAAACAGCAGCAGGUACAAAGUGAUUCUGCAGGAUAUUAACGUCCAUGUAAAUGUGUGUGUUUUUACCAUGUUUAAUAACCAAUGGCAGUACUUCUCUUUCCAUAUUGAUGUGCACAUCGUUUUACUUUGAAUGUUGUCAGACACUUUGUGAACAAAAUGCUUUUUUUUUUCUUCUUGCAAGAUACUGUUCUAAUAAAAUAAGCAGCAAUGAAAAGCGGAUUUGUUUUC